GAUCCACCACCAAGCCGGGUUCUAAAGAGAUAGCACAGCUGAGGGGGCGCGGCUGGGACGUUCCGGGGGGCCGGGUGCCCGGGGCAGCGGAAGGUGACCAGGCAACGGGACCAACGGAUUAGACCCACCGCCUGGAAGGGGAUUGGAGAAGCGCCAACCCCGAGCAGACGUGCAACUGACCCGGACUGGGGACUAGAGACCGCUCAGCGCUGGGGCGCGGAGGCGCGGCGCCCUCGGGUGUCCUCUGGCGGCGCCGGGAGCAGGUGGACAGGUCCUCGCCCCCGGCGGCGCCCUCUCGCGCUGUCGCCGGGCCCGGGCUCGCGCUUAUAGCCAUGGGCCCGGGUCCCCGCCGCACGCACCGCGACCCUCUCUGGCUUCUGUACGCGCUCGCCUUGAUGGUGGCGGUGGGCGGCCGCGUCGCCUCCGCCUUCAACCUGGACACCCGAUUCCUGGUGGUGAAAGAGGCGGAGAACCGGGGCAGCCUCUUCGGUUACUCAGUCGCCCUCCAUCGGCAGACGGAGCGACAGCAGCGCUACCUGCUCCUGGCUGGUGCUCCCCGGGAUCUCGCUGUGCCUGAUGGCUAUACCAACCGGACUGGUGCUGUGUACCUGUGCCCCCUCACCAACCUCAAGAAUGAUUGUGAGCGGAUGGAUAUCUCAGAGAAAAGUGACCCUGACCAUCACAUUAUUGAGGACAUGUGGCUUGGGGUGACUGUGGCCAGCCAGGGUCCUGCAGGAAGAGUUCUGGUCUGUGCCCACCGCUAUACCCAGGUGCUGUGGUCAGGGAUGGAGGACCAGAGGCGCAUGGUGGGCAAGUGCUACGUGCGGGGCAAUGAUCUACAGCUGGACUCCAGUGAUGACUGGCAGACCUACCAUAAUGAGAUGUGCAACAGCAACACUGACUACUUGCAGACCGGCAUGUGCCAGCUGGGCACCAGUGGCGGCUUCACCCAGAACACUGUGUUCUUCGGUGCCCCUGGAGCCUAUAACUGGAAAGGAAACAGUUACAUGAUUCAGCGGAAGGACUGGGAUUUAUCUGAAUAUAGCUAUAAAGACCCAGAGGAUCAAGGAAACCUCUAUAUUGGGUAUGCUGUGCAGGUAGGCAGCGCCAUCCUCCACCCCACGAACAUCACUGUUGUGGCGGGUGCCCCACGGCACCAACAUAUUGGUGCUGUCUUCUUGCUGAGCCAGGAGACAGGUGGAGACCUGCGGAGGAGGCAGGUGCUGGAGGGCACGCAGGUGGGCGCGUAUUUUGGCAGCGCCAUUGCUCUGGCAGACCUGAACAAUGAUGGGUGGCAGGACCUCCUGGUGGGUGCUCCUUACUACUUUGAGCGGAAAGAGGAGGUAGGGGGUGCCGUCUAUGUCUUCAUGAACCAAGCAGGCACCUCUUUCCCUGACCAACCCUCUCUCCUGCUUCAUGGACCCAGUCGGUCUGCUUUCGGCCUCUCUGUGGCCAGCAUUGGUGACAUCAACCAGGAUGGAUUCCAGGACAUUGCUGUGGGAGCACCGUUUGAGGCCUUGGGCAAGGUGUACAUCUAUCACAGCAGCUCCAGGGGGCUCCUCAGGCAGCCUCAGCAGAUAAUCCAUGGAGAGAAACUAGGUUUGCCUGGCUUGAGCACCUUUGGCUACUCUCUGAGUGGGAAGAUGGACGUGGAUGACAACUUCUACCCAGACCUGCUAGUAGGGAGCCUAUCAGACCACAUCGUGCUGCUGCGAGCCCGACCUGUCAUCAACAUUCUCCACAGGACUUUGGUGGCCAGGCCAGCUGUUCUGGACCCCUCACAUUGCACAGCUACCUCCUGUGUGCAGGUGGAGCUGUGCUUUGCCUACAACCAGAGUGCUGGGAACCCCAACUACAGGCGGAACAUUACUCUGGCCUACACACUGGAGGCUGACAGGGACCGCCGUCCACCCAGGCUCCGUUUUGCCCGCAGCCAGUCAGCUGUCUUCCAUGGCUUCUUCUCCAUGCCUGAGAUGCGCUGCCAGACACUGGAGCUGCUGCUGAUGGACAACAUUCGUGAUAAACUCCGUCCCAUCGUUAUUUCCAUGAAUUACUCUUUACCCUUACGGAUGCCUGAGUAUCCCAAGCUGGGGCUGAGGUCUCUGGAUGCCUACCCAGUCCUCAACCAGGCGCAGGCUCUGGAGAACCACACCGAGGUCCACUUCCAGAAGGAGUGUGGUCCAGACAACAAGUGCGACAGCAACCUCCAGAUGCGCGCAGCUUUCGUGUCUGAACAGCUGCAUCCGCUGAGCAGGUUCCUGUAUAGCAGAGACACUAAGAAACUACUCUUGAGCAUCAAUGUGACCAAUAUCCCAAGCCAUGAGCGGGCUGGGGAGGAUGCCCACGAGGCGCUACUCACCCUGGAGGUGCCUUCUGCUCUGCUACUGUCCUCAGUGCGCCCGUCUGGGACCUGCCAAUCUAAUGAGACCAUCCUGUGUGAACUAGGAAACCCCUUCAAACGGAACCAGAGGAUGGAGCUGCUUAUUGCCUUUGAGGUCACUGGAGUGACUCUGCACACAAGGGACCUUCAGGCACAGCUGCAGCUUUCCACGUCAAGUCACCAGGACAACCUGCAGCCCAUGACCCUGACUCUGCAGGUGGACUACACGCUCCAGGCCUCACUCAGCAUGAUGAAUCAUCGACUACAGAGCUCCUUUGGUGGGACUGUGAUGGGUGAGGCUGGCAUGAAAACCGUGGAGGAUGUGGGAAGUCCCCUCAAAUAUGAAUUCCAGGUGAGCCCAGUGGGGGAGGGGCUGGCAGCCUUGGGCACGCUGGUCCUAGGUAUUACAUGGCCCUAUGAAGCUGCCAAUGGAAAGUGGCUGUUGUACCCUACGGAGAUCAUCAUCCAUGGCAAUGGGUCCUGGCCUUGCAAGCCACCUGGAGACCUUGUCAACCCUCUCAACCUUACUCUUGCUGAUCCUGGAGACAAGCCACCAUCUCCACAGCGCAGGCGGAGACAGCUGGACCCAGAGGGAGGCCAGGAUUCCCUACCUGUCACACUAGCUGCUGCCAAAAAAGCCAAGUCUGAGACUGUGUUGACCUGUGCUACUGGCCGUGCCCACUGUGUGUGGCUAGAAUGCCCCAUUCCUGAUACCUCCAGCAUUACCAACGUGACCGUGAAGGCACGGGUGUGGAACAGCACCUUCAUUGAGGAUUACAAAGACUUUGACCGAGUCAGGGUAGAUGGCUGGGCUACUUUAUUCCUGCGAACCAGCAUCCCUACCAUCAACAUGGAAAACAAGACCACAUGGUUCUCGGUGGACAUUGACUCUGAACUGGUGGAGGAGCUGCCUGCUGAGAUUGAGCUGUGGCUGGUGCUUGUGGCUGUGAGUGCUGGACUGUUGCUGCUGGGCCUCAUCAUCCUCCUGCUGUGGAAGUGCGGCUUCUUCAAGCGAGCCCGCACUCGCGCCCUGUAUGAAGCUAAGAGGCAGAAGGCUGAGAUGAAGAGCCAGCCGUCAGAGACGGAGAGGCUGACCGACGACUACUGAGGGGGGGCAGACCCUGACCCCGGCCCACCUGGUGUGACUUCUUUAAGCGAACCCGCUACUACCGAAUCAUGCCCAAGUACCAUGCAGUACGUAUCCGUGAGGAGGAGCGCUACCCACCCCUGGGGAGCACCCUGCCCACUAAGAAGCACUGGGUCACCAGCUGGCAGAUUCGAGAUCGAUACUACUGAUGCCUUCCCUGACAUCCCUCUCAGUAUCCCCUUCCUCCUAUUUAUCAUAAGUUAUGACUCUGACAGUCCUCAGGGGACACACAUUUGGCUGGCACCAGCAGGCUCAGGGGCAUACCCCUUUUCGGGGCAAGCAUGUUUUCUGGGGUCCUAGGAUCUCCUUCAAGACCUCGCAAUGCUGAGCACACCAUAGCUCCGUGCCCUGGACACACACAGGGCCCAUUGCUCGUGGCCAGUUCUCAUGUACCAUGGAGGGUGCCAUGUUCCAGCCUGGCUGUGCCAAAACAAAGCCGAAUGGCUUUUACUGGAGCCAGGAGGAAAAAAUUCCCAAUGUGGUGACACAUCCCCCUCCACACUGGAUCCACCUUGAGCCACUGUCACAGGACAGACUUUCGCUGCCCAGAGUAAAACUACUGACAAGAAGCAGCCCAUCGGGUCCAGCUGUAACUCCUGGCACACAUCGGAGAGCAGGGUCCUGCCGGGGCUAUCCGAGGGAUGCUCGCAUGAUCUACCUGCUCAGACCCAGGAGCAGUGAGCUACAAAGCAGGUCCCUAGAAUGGCUUUAUAAAUGGAUCUCUUCUUGGCCACAGAUGGAGGGAGCUGGCAGGAAACUCAGCCCAAAGGAACAUAGAGAAACCAUGAAUAGCUUGGACACACUGUGCCGGGACUGACCUGGAGCAUGGUGGCCUCCUUUAGAGAUCAGGGGACCAGUCCUGGCCCAGCAGGUAUUGACACGGUGCAGAGGAGAAACUUCUGACCUGUCACUACCACCUCAGCCUGGGCAAGGCCUGAAGAGACUCUACAAGACCAUUUGGGGUGAUACUUGAAUGUAGAGCAGGGGAGAGCCCAACCCCUGCUCCAGCUGGCCAGACUCAACUCUGCUCCCCUUGAUCAUGAAGGUGAUGUUCUGGGCUGCCUGUGGAUUUCUGAGCAACCUAGCUCAACCUCCUCCUGGGGGCUGCGUCCCAAGGCCCAUUCUAGCAUUGAUGGCUAAUUCCCAGGUCCUCUCCUGACCUCUACCCACAGGCAGGCCCGCUUCCCAACCCUGCCCCUCCACGGUACUGUAGCAGCCCCUAUCCCUUGUGCCUUCUUUGUAUAUGGGCUUCUCACUACAACCAAUAAACAGCUCCCAAUUUGUA